AUGCUACAAGACACGAAGAAAGUGUCCCGAGAUGAUUUCAGUGAAGCAGAAACAACAUCGGCGUGUUUUGGUUUGUGUUCACAUGGAUUAGAAGACUCGCUUCGAUGUUCAACACAUUAUGAAGAUUACAUUCCUCAUAAUUCCUUUUUGCAAGUAUUAGAACUAAGGCUAAUUAGUCAUUGGAUUAUGGUGCAGAAAAAAUAA